AAAAAUAGCGUGGUCCAAGAAUUAACUCCCAAUUCAGAGACAAUUUGACGCAGUGUUUCGUAUUUAGAGCUCCGAUUUGGUGGUUCGGCGGCGCCGGCGUCGGCGUCGUCCAACGAAGAAAGAAAAAAAUGAAGAAGCUGAUGGGUGAUGCCGUGAUGGAUGGAGGAUUCUGGGACGUGGACCUGUCGACGCCAGCGACCCUUGACGGUGUAGCCCGUUCUGUUCCCAGCGAACCACUCCCUUUAGGGAUUUCUCGUGGGCCCAGACUCUCUCGUCCCAAACAGAUUGAUUUCUUCCAGCGCUUCAUGUCUAUGCCUUUCGUCCCCUCUUUUUCCCAUCUUGGAGAUGGAGAUGUAGGUCUCUCUCUUCAGCGCGUCUUCUCUCUUUAUCGUGAAACUUGGUUCAUGACUUUACUUGGUCAGUUCAAUGUACAGAAGUUUGUGACUUCUAUCAGGACGAAUGGGUUCAGGCAAGAGUCAGAUGCCUCGUGGUUGCAAAAUAUUAGGAGACAUCUUUCUGAUCAAUCUUUCUAUGGCCUCAAUUUCUGUUCAGAGUUGUUGUUAACACCGGAUGAUGUAAUGACACUUAGCUUAGAAACACAUGGUGAUCAAAAGACUCUUAGAAAAAAAGCUGUACUUCAUCACGAGUUUCCAUGUCAUAAUUUCACUGUGGAGGCGGCUUCCCCAGCACUUUUUGUUGAUGAGCAUGGUAACUACUGGGAUGUUCCAUUCUCCAUGUCAAUGGAUGUUGCACCAAUUGCUUUUGAUUCUGGUACAAGCUGUCGUUUCUGCAUCAACCAUACAGCAGGUUCACCAAAACCAUAUGAAGGCCAGCCAACCAGCAAAGUUCCUGCUACUUUACUUCCAGGUUUCUGCACCAAAUGUGCAGUUUCGUUCGGGAAAAAUAUUGAGAUUUGGAGAAGCGAAGCACCAAAGAUAAAAAUGGUGCAGCCAUAUGACGUUUUCCUCUCUAGCCCUCAUAUUUCAGCUUCAGGAAUCCUAGGUGCUGUCAUCACUGCAUCUAUUGGAGAGAAUUCAAUCGGAGCCCAGGUAGAAGAUGGGUCAUCGAGCUUAAAAGGCUUCAGUCUUCAAGCCAGAGGAGCAAAUUCUACCGUUUUAGCUGAUUGAUUUGCAAGGGUAUCACUCUCUGCUCAGCAUGGAAAUUUCCAAAGGUGGUUUCUAGAUCUUACUCGGUUUCAUGCACGGCUAGAUAUUCCAUCUGGGUCAAAAUUCCUGUCAGGUGCCACACUUCUAGCAUCUGAUCUUUAUAAUUCUCGAACACCUACUAUGCAAGCAGUUCAGGCAAUUUGUCCAAUUGCCUCGAUUUCGUUUCAGCAGCAGAUUGCUGGACCUUUCAGCUUCAGAAUUGAUUCAGGAGUGAAGGUUGAUCUCAAGAAAGACUCGUAUUUAAGAGUGAAUGAUCCUGUAUUUGCUAUCGAAUAUGCCUUGCAAGUUCUCGGUUCAGCAAAGGCUGUUGCUUGGUAUGCGCCAAAGCACAGAGAAUUCAUGAUGGAGCUACGGUUUUUCGAGACUUGAAAAAAUAUAUUUCUUCAUUUGCUACUAGUUUUUCCGCUUUGACAUUCUUAGAAACAUUUUUUUUGGGUACUCAGAAUAGUCUUCCAUUUCAGAUUGUAUACUGUUCGUAACCUUAACCUUUAAUUUUGUACCAUAUACAUAUAUGAACGGUGUUAUUUGAAAGAGAAACACUAAACUUUCAGGAAAAUCUCAAUUGGAUCACUAACUUUUAAUU